GAGCCUUUUACAGCUUUCUGAUAGGUCUGGCACUUGCUGGUGAGUGGAAAUGCAAGAAGAUUCUGAACAAAAAGGACGUCAUUUGCAGCUCAAUGGCUUUUGUAGCAUAGUAGCAGCUCAGCGCCAGUCGAGCAGGGAGUUACACCGAGGUGGUCUCAUGGACCUAACCCAAAACCCGAGGAUGCCAGCAGGGGGUUGCUCUGGGGUUGUGGAAGAUCUGCCUGCAAGCAAGCCUGCCCCAGCUACCCACACACACCUCCCAUCCAGGCACAGGCUGAACGAGGCCUGCAGUCAGUCUGCCACACGCUGACCCAUGUUCCCGGAGGGUGCCUGCUCUGGUCAUCAAACUGAUGCUCAUAACAUGUUUUCUUUACAGGUGACUGGGAAGAAAACUGAUGAUAAAGAGACUGGCAGCUUCCUCCCUGAGGACUUUAAAACUGGAGAGUAUGAAGCUGCGGUAAAAUUAGAGAAGCAAGAUGACCUAAAGACAGCCUCUGAUCACCUACCAACCCAAGGAGAUUCGGCUCACAGGAAGGAGAAGCAGCAUGAGGCAGAGCUGAAGAAGAAAAAACUACAGGAGAGAUCAAAGCUCGAAAGCUUGGAGGACCUUGAAAAAAUUAUUCAGCUGAAAAAGAAGAAGAAAUGCAGGAAAGUGAAAGCUCCCCUCUUAAAGGAACCUGAACCUGAAGUUAUUACAGGGCCGGUGGAUAUAGCCAUGUUCUUCAGAGCGGCAUUGGAGAAUAAGUUGCCAGUAAUUGAAAAAUACUUGUCAGAUAAAGGGGAUCCCGAUGUCUGUGAUGAGUACAAGCGUACUGCAUUGCACAGGGCAUGCUCUGAAGGACAUCUAGAGGUAGUGAAGAAGUUGGUGGAAGCCGGAGCCCAGCUUGAACUGAAAGAUAUGCUUGAAUCUACUGCCCUGCACUGGGCAUGCCGGGGGGGAAACCUGGAUGUUGUGAAAUUCUUACUGGACAAAGGAAUAAACAGAGACGCAAGAGACAAGCUGCGCAGCACCCCUCUGCAUGUAGCUGUGAGAACAGGGCAGUACGACUGCGCUGAGCACCUCAUUGCCUGCGAAGCAGACCUCAAUGCCAGAGACAGAGAAGGCGACACGCCGAUGCAUGACGCUGUCAGGCUGAACCGCUACAAAAUGGUCCGGCUUCUGAUUCUCUACGGGGCAGAUCUAACCAUUAAGAACAGCGAUGGGAAAACCCCUAUGGACCUCGUUCUUCAGUGGCAAAAUGGCACCAAAGAGCUGUUCAACAAUCUGAAGAACAACUCCUAUAAGAGCGCCCAUCUAAACAAGUUUUGAAGAGACAAAAGCCAGACUGCUCUCUUUUUGCUGCUUUUAAAUGCUUCACAUGAACCUGGAGGGAAAUAGCCCUGAACACACUAUAUUUAUUGAAGAUAUUUAUUGUACAAGAUUAUUUGAAAUGCCUUCACUGAAAACCACAAAUCAGGCAGAUUGAGCGUUAAAUUUCCACUGGUUUUAAAAUAGCUUUAUUUAUUCCUAUUUAUUUUAAAGGUGAUUUUUAAUGAUUCUCAGUAUUAUUUUUUUAUAUAGUUUUAAAUUGUAAUGCAAUCUUUGUCAGCAACAUGAGCCCUUUUGUCUUGAUGGCACUAUUACCAACCUUAGCAACUUCCAUCAAGCCUUCCCACAGCUCUCAAUAGCUAACACUUGCAAUUGCUGCCAUGUCUCUGCAAAAUUCUCACUGUCAGAAAAAUACGUUACGUGAGUGGUGAUACGGGGAAAAGACAAAGAGCAAUGGAAGAAGGUCUGCUGAGACCCCAAGUGGAUUUAAAGGAACAGUUGAGUAAUGGGGUUUACACAUGCUAUGGUGACUGUGGCUGAUGAAGAGCUCAAGGACAGAGCUCCAUCAUGUAGCCAUAUGGACUGCAGGAUUCAGAUGUAAUGUGAUGAAGGUGAGAGGACAGUACUGGGAACGUGAAUUUCUUAAAGCUGGACUACUACAAAGCCUGAUGAUUGAAGAAUGUAAAAACAGAUGAUGUAUAUUUGUAAAUUUGUACUGCUUUUUCUGUACAUUUUGUACUGACUUAUCUCAGAUUAAAUAAACAGAGUGGUUCUUUGUACUUGCUAGAGCGUAUUAUGGAGCAGUGAGCAUGCACUGGACAGUUCUACCUCUCAUUGAAGUUCAUACCUUAGCCUCUGUAAAAUUUAUAAAUACUCAAAAUAAUGUGUCAGCUGCCUAAAGCAUCCAGCUCUUGAGCUACCUUCCUGCCACAGUUAGAAAAACACUGCCUCUUAUUUUUCCAUCACACA